AUGGCGGAUCUCCCAAAGGAGCGAUUGGAUGGAUCGCAUGCAUUUGAAGUCACUGGCAUUGAUUUUUGUGGGCCAUUCUUUUACAAGCCGGAAGUGCGAAAUAAGGCCCCAGUGAAAUGCUACGUUUGCGUCUUUAUCUGCUUCGCAACAAAGGCCAUUCACUUGGAGUUGAUCAGGGAUCUCUCAACAGUAUCAUUUCUGCAUGGCCUCAAGAGAUUUAUAUGCACCAGGAGAAGACCGCGGCAGAUUUGGUCGGACAAUGCAACCAACUUUGUCGGUGCACGCAAUGAGCUGCUUGAGUUGAGACGCUUGUUCCUCAGCGACGAGCAUCAGAAAGCGACGUUGGACUUUUGCCUAGCGGAGCUUAUUGAUUGGCGCUUUAUUCCUCCCAGAUCGCCGCAUUUUGGUGGUCUCUGGGAAGCAGCGGUGAAGACGGCGAAGUACCAUUUCUACCGCGCUAUUGGACCUUCAGUGCUGGCCUUCGACGAGCUGCGGACUCUUCUGUGCCAUAUUUCGGCAGUAGUUAACUCUCGGCCUUUAGUCUCAAUUUCAGAAAAUCCCGCUGAUCUGGAUGUGCUAACGCCAGCCCACUUUCUGAAUGGUGGUCCACCAUCCUCAUUCAUCGAGCCGGAUGUGACCGCCCUUAACUUCAAUCGGUUGGAUGGAUGGCAACGUGUGGCCUAUUUGCAGCAAGUCUUCUGGACCCGAUGGAAGGAAGAAUAUCUGACACUACUGCAGCAGCGCUCCAAAUGGCGCACCCCGAAGCCUGGCCUGGUUGUAGGUGACUUGGUGCUGGUCAAGGACGAGAACUUGCCUCCGAUGAAGUGGCCCCUAGCGAGAGUCGUUGAGCUUCUGUGUGGUGCUUCGGGAGAUUAA